UCAGAAACUGUUUAUAGUUGUCAAAACAAAAGAAAAUAAAAGAUACCAGCAUACACAGAAAAUUGAAGAAAAAAAAUAUUUAUUAUAAAUUCGACAAUUGAGAGAUUAUUUUAAAUAUGAGAAAAACCAACUUUUUGAGUUCUGGGGGAUCAAGUAAAUACAGUUCCGAAAAUAUACAAAAUCGAAUGAAAGAUAUGGUUUUUCAUGAAUCAAGAAAAAAAUCAGUUGUUUUCAAGCGGAAAUCUUCUGAUUCGGCGUCAUCUAAGCUAAAACAACAAGAGUCCCUGACUCAUGAUAAAAGAAGUGUUAAAGUUACUGAAGAUGAAAGCAACAUUCAGAUUCCUGAUUUAAAUUCUAUCAUUGAAAACAAAAUCAAAAAAUUCAAAGGUGAAGAGUUCAUAUACCUAACAUAUACGGUACCAAAAAAUAGUGAAUAUUUUACUCCAUACAGUUUAGCAGAAACCCAAUUCAAAGAUAUUCCCAGUAAAAGUCAGUAUUAUACAAUGAGCCGACAUGGAGUUACAUUUUGGAGUCAAGGCGAAAAUUAUUUCACCGAGUUGAAUCAGUGGCAGCGAGAGUUUCAAAUGUACAUACACAUUGUUAAGAUAAAAUCUUUUGCAAAAUUUAGAAUGUGGAAAGGCUUUAAAGUCUGGGAGAAGACUCUCAAAUGGAGGAAAUACGAUGAAGCUUAUACGUAUUUAAGUGAAAAUUUAUUCUAUGCUAUUCCUCAUUUGGCCUCGGCUGCUCUACAAUUGCGUUCUGAUUUUUAUCAAAUGCAAAACUUAAACUUUAUUAAUGUUGAAGUUAUUGAGGACUGGCAACCCUUUUAUUUUAUGGAAAUUCACAUGAAAAUAUACGAAGAAAUGAAAAUGAACCUAAAAUAUUUUCGUGAUAAAGCUCGAAAAUAUAUUUACGAUGCUUGCCAUGGUGCAAUUAUAGCGAAAGGAUUCUUUCCUACCGAUGAAAUUGACUUCUAUCCUUCAGUGAAAAAGAUGCGCGAAGCAAUGAGUUUUAUGGACCGUGCAAGAAAAAGAGGUUUUUGCAAACUUCUCUGCAACUUUUUAAACUAUUGUGAUCGAAUAGUUCUCAUAUUAUUGCACACAAUUACUCGAAAUAGUUUUGAAGCUCUUGCUAAUGCUCUGAGGAUACAUGACGAAUUAGGACCAACAGUGGAAGAAUUAAAAUCUGAGUUGGGAGUUGGCAUUGAAGUUGAGGCCCAGCGACCCAGUUAUAGCCCACAGAAUCCUUUCUUCAUGGCGGAACUUUUGCUCAAACCUGAAAGUGUGGAUAUUGAACCAUCGGAAGAUGCAAUGAAAUCAAUAUUUCAUCAAUUGACUAAUUUGAUACUGGAUUCUGUUAUGGAGAUAAAAAGUUUUACUGAAGAUGCAACUUAUAAAAUUUUUACUGAGCCAUCAAUUAUGGGAAGACAAGAAGAGCGCCUAGCAGAACCACCUCCAGACUUGGCAUUUCUAUUUCGAAUUGAUAAAGAAUUCCAAGAAAAUCGAAAAUUCAUAUUUUCUGUUAUACGGAGUGCAUAUGAAAAAGUUUAUCUUUAUGCUGAGAGAUUUGAAAUGAUUCGUUUAAACUAUGAAACUGAUGCCAAAACAGAUGCAAGCGUUAUUAGAAAUGAAAGAAGUCUUGAAGCCCUACGAGCAUUUUGUGAACGCUACCAUGCUAAUAUGCAUGCAAUCGAUGGUGUACUAUCUCAUGUUAAUCUUGGUUUACUUAAACUUACACAAAGUAGUUUCAAGGAUACCAUUACACCAGAAUGUUUGAGACUUCUUAAUGUUCUAGCAAUAUAUUUACCCAAACUGGCCGUCUCAGAAGUUGAAAAAAUUCAACUUAAAGCUGAAGAGUUUAUUGCAAAAAUUACAUCAGCUCCAACCACAACUACAGAAUUGGUAGCACAUUUAAGAUAUUUGACAAAUGUAGAAGCAGAUUUGGAGAUUCUGUUUAAAGAAGUUGAUUAUGCCCAUGAUUGUUUUAUUCUCAUUAAAGAUUUUAACAUAUUCAUUGAUCAACAGGAAAAGGAAAAAUAUAUGGAUACUGAAGACCUUGUUGUGACAUGCAAGGAGACACUGCAGGAAAAACAAGGUGAAAAAGAAAUAUUUAUUCAGCAAUUAAAUGCAAUUCUUCAAGAGGAUAUAAAAAUGAUAUUUGAGGAAAUUCGUGACGUAGCUGCAGAGGUUCAAGAUUUCAAAUUUUUAGACAAAAAAUCUGAUCCUGAUGAAACCAAACUUCAACUUGGUGCUCUUUUAGAACGUCUAAAUGAAUGCCAGGAAAAAGCACAAGAAUAUCGUUCAUAUCAAAAAGAUUUCAAAAUCGACGUUACACGUUACGAUGAAAUGGAACAUGCAUUUCAAGAAAUUCGAAUGCGACAAAAUCUCUGGAACAGCUUAGAAGAAUGGGAAACUUCAUUGGAACUCUGGCAGAAAUUAGGCUAUCAAAAUUUAAAUGUUGAGAAUAUGAGCAACUUAAAUGCGAAAAUAUUGAAAAGUUGCAUUCAAUUCGAAAAGUAUUUACCUCCAAAUGAAUUGGUACCAGGUUUGAAAACUAGUGCUGAACUAUUUCGAGAAAAACUUCCAGUUCUGGGCUAUUUAAGAAAUCCCAAUCUAAAAACACGUCAUUAUACUGAAAUGGAAAAUAUACUUGGAAUCAGAAUUUAUCACGAGGAGAAUAUACUUAUUUCCACCUUCGAAUCGGCUCAUGCAUUCGAUGAAGAAAAUUCCAACCAACUUAUGGAUAUUUCCUCACAAGCAACUGGUGAAGCUCAGUUAGAAAAUAUGCUGAGAAAUAUUGAAAACAUUUGGAAAGAAACUGAACUUUUAAUUGUUCCACAUCGGGAUUCAAAAGAUGUUUUUGUUCUGAUGGGGACUGAUGAGUUGCAAGUUGUUCUAGAUGAUUCCAAUGUCAAUAUCAAUACAAUAGCGGCAUCAAAGUAUGUGGGGCCAAUUAAGUCUAAAGUAGACGAAUGGAUUUCAAUGAUGGAACAGUUUGGUGAAACUAUGGAGGAAUGGAGUAACUGUCAGACAUCGUGGAUUUAUCUAGAAGCAAUAUUUGCUUCACCUGACAUUCAAAGACAAUUACCAAAUGAGGCUAAAAUGUUCACUAUUGUCGAUCGAAGCUUUAAGGAAAUUAUGAGAAAUGCUCUCAAGGUUUCACUAGCUCUUCCCGUAAUGACAAAUGUUGAUACUUACAACACUUUUAGGGAACACAAUCGAAUGUUAGAUAGCAUAACGAGAGGUCUUGAAGCGUAUUUAGAAGUCAAGAGGGUUGUUUUCCCAAGGUUUUAUUUUCUAUCAAAUGACGAAUUACUUGAAAUAUUAGCACAAACCAGAGUUCCUCAAGCUGUUCAACCACAUUUGAGAAAAUGUUUCGAUGCUAUUUCAAAACUUGAAUUUGGACAAAAGGAAAGUGGAGAUGGUGGCAAAAUGAUUGCUACAAAUGACAUUGUUGCUAUGCUCUCACCUGAGGGUGAAAAAUUACUUUUUGGAAAAGGACUUAAAGCACGCGGUGCUGUCGAAGAAUGGCUGAGCAAGGUUGAGGAAGCAAUGUUUUUGGCUGUUAAAAGAUAUAUGAAGUUUGGUUAUCAGUGCUAUCCUGUCAAAGAACGACACAAAUGGUUUGAAGAUCAUCCAAAUCAAGUUGUUCUAACGGUGUCACAACAACAAUGGGCAGCUGAAAUUCAUGCAAUAUAUGAUGGACCAGAUGAAAAAAAUGGCAACAUCCUUAAAAGUCUGAAAGCAUUCGAAAAGAAAUGUUUUGAUAAUUUAUCUGCGUUAGCAGCUAUUACACGGAAAGAAAUUACAAAUCUUCUAAGAAAAGUUCUUUGUGCUCUUAUAACGGUAGAUGUUCAUGCCAGAGAUUCAGUUACCAAUUUGUUGGAAAAAAACGUUGUCAAAUCGACUGAUUUUAACUGGUUAAAAAUGCUACGUUUCUACUGGCAGGAUUCUACCGAAACCAUGGUAUCACAAAUGGCUUCAGCGAAAAUUCCCUAUUACUAUGAAUACCUUGGGGCUGGUGGAGUAUUAGUACUUACACCUUUAACUGAUCGAUGUUAUUUGUGUUUAAUGGGGGCCCUGCAAAUGGACUUGGGUGGUGCACCAGCUGGUCCAGCUGGAACUGGAAAAACUGAAACGACAAAAGAUUUAGCAAAAGCUGUUGCCAAACAGUGUGUGGUCUUUAAUUGCUCAGAGGGUUUGGAUUUCAAAAUGAUGGGUCGAUUCUUUUCGGGCUUAGCCCAAUGUGGAGCCUGGUGUUGUUUUGACGAAUUCAAUCGUAUCGAUAUUGAAGUACUUUCUGUCAUAGCUCAACAAUUGAUUACAAUUCGAAAUGCAAAAGUUGCAAAUGUAAAAAGGUUUAUUUUCGAGGGUCGUGAGAUUAAGUUGAACAAAUCUUGUUCGGUUUAUAUAACCAUGAAUCCUGGCUAUGCUGGACGUACAGAACUCCCAGAUAACUUGAAAGCUUUAUUUCGUCCCAUAUCGAUGAUGGUACCGGACUAUGCCUUAAUAUCCGAAGUUAUUCUCUACUCGGAAGGCUUUGAAGAUCCCAAAGUUUUAGCUCACAAAAUGGUUCAAAUGUAUAAAUUAUGCAGUGAACAGCUUAGCCAGCAAAACCAUUAUGAUUUUGGUAUGCGUGCUGUGAAAAGUGUUCUCGUGAUGGCUGGUUCUUUGAAGAGAUCAGCUCCAAGCCAAAGAGAAGACAUAACAUUGAUAGCAGCUCUUCGAGAUUCAAAUAUUCCCAAGUUUUUGGCUGAUGAUGCUUUUCUCUUUCGUGGAAUUCUUUCGGAUUUAUUUCCUGGUGUUGAACUUCCAGAUUCAUCACAUCCAGAAUUACAACAAGGAAUGGUGGUUGGAUUGGAGGAGAAAAAUCUUCAACCGGUUCCAUCGACAAUACGAAAAUGCAUUCAACUUUAUGAGACCAUGUGUGUGCGAUGGGGUGUUAUGCUGGUUGGUCCAACUGGUGGUGGAAAGUCAACUGUUUUGCAUGCUUUGGAAUAUGCUUUGACAUAUUUGUAUAAAAAUGAAGUUUCAGGACCUCAUUUCCGUGAAGUUGUUAUUCAAAAACUUAAUCCAAAGUCAGUCUCGAUGAAUGAGUUGUAUGGUUAUGUGAAUCUUAAAACAAUGGAAUGGCAGGAUGGACUUCUUGGAUUAGCAGUCCGAACUGCUGUGAAUAACGAAGAUGAAAUUCAUCAAUGGAUUGUAUGCGAUGGACCUGUAGAUGCUGUAUGGAUCGAAAAUAUGAACACUGUUUUGGAUGAUAACAAAAUGCUUUGUUUGGCCAAUUCUGAAAGAAUAAAAUUAACCCCGUGGGUGCAUAUGGUAUUUGAAGUACAGGACUUGGCACAAGCUUCUCCUGCAACUGUUUCUAGAUGUGGCAUGGUUUAUGUCGAUCCUGAGGAGUUAGGUUGUUUACCACUAAUACAAUCGUGGAGAAAUGGAUCCAUAUCCAAACUUUUAACUCCUGAACAAUUAGAAUUCAUUCAUAAUCUGUUCAAAAAUUAUUUCGAAAAAUUCAUAAAAAUAAGCAUUAAGCAUGGAACUUUUCCAAUUCAUCAAGUGGUUACUUCGAAAACUGUUCUAUGUUGUGAGCUUCUGACUGCUUUGAUAGAAACUUUGAAAAUAACAUCCUUGCAACUUGACAUAGCUAAAAGCUUAUUGACUAAGCUUUUCGUUUGGUCAACUCUUUGGUCUGUGGCAUCUAACUUUAGAGAAGAGUCACAAGCUGUUUUUGAAAAUCGAAUGCGGGAAGUUCUAUCUGAAGAAACAAUUCUGAAAGAAUUACCAGAGGUCUCAAUUUGGGAAUAUCGUGUCAAUUUGGAACAAAAUCAAUGGGAAAAGUGGCAAACAAUUCUUGAACCUUUUAAUUUUAAUCCAUUAGAUAAAUAUUUUGAUAUGCAAGUUCCAACUGUUGAUACAACAAAAUUUGGAUAUAUUUGCCAGUUAUUAUUUCUAAGAAAAUUUCCAGUGAUGAUAACUGGCGACACAGGAGUUGGUAAGACUGUGCUUGCAAUGGCAACUCUAAAAAAACUAGCGAAACGGAAUUUCGUACCUGUUUUACUUAAUUUUUCUGCACAAACAAGCAGCAUUCGAACACAAGAAAUGAUAGAAGCACAGUUAGAGAAACGAAAAAGGACUUUAUUAAGUGCACCGAUUGGAAAAAGUGUGAUAAUAUUUAUUGACGAUGUUAAUAUGCCUAAGCUUGAUACUUACGGCAGUCAGCCACCAAUUGAACUUUUGAGACAAUUUUUGGAUUGCAAAGGAUUCUACGAUAGGGAAAAACUUUACUGGAAAGAUGUGAUUGAUGUUGCUCUUGGUGUUGGAUGUGCUCCACCUGGUGGUGGUCGAAAUCCACUUACCCCAAGACUUGUUCGCCAUUUCGCGUUGCUUAAUCUUCCCAAGCCAAAUAAUGACACACUAACAACAAUAUUUGCUGGGAUUCUAUCUGGCUUUCUAAAUGAUUUUUGUGCAGCUAUUCGCCCACUUGCAAUACCACUUUGCAACGCACUUGUCGAAGUCUAUUCUCGAAUAGCUGAAGAAAUGCUCCCGACUCCUGAUAAAUCCCACUACAUUUUCAACUUGCGUGAUUUAUCCAAGUGCGUUCAAGGUAUUCUUCAAUCGGAUAGCUCGAACUAUAGCACCGAUUUGCAAAUGCUGCGAUUAUUUUAUCAUGAAAAUAUGCGAGUUUAUUUUGAUCGCUUAAUCAAUAGCGAUGAUGAAAAUGCUUUCAAGACACUCAUGUCAGAAGUGUGUGAAAAACAUUUCAACAAAAAAGUUGUUGCUGAAGGUGAAGUUGUAUUAUUUGGUGAUUUUAUGAUUUUCGGUCAGAAUCGUGCCGAAAGAAUUUACGAAGAAAUCAAAGAUUUUGAAAAAUUAGAAAGUAUACUGAUGGAUUUUAUGGAUGAUUAUAAUUCAAGUACUGGUAAAGACAUGAAGUUGAUAAUGUUUCAAGAUGCAUUGGAACAUACUGUACGACUAGCUCGUCUUUUACGAGCUGAUCGUGGAAAUGGACUUUUAGUGGGGGUAGCAGGAAUGGGAAAACAAUCUCUAACUCGUUUAGCAGCACAUGUCAAUGAAUACAAAUGUUUUCAAAUUGAACUAAGACGAAAUUACGAUAUUGUUGCUUUUCAUGAAGAUUUAAGAGCUCUUUACAGAAUAGCUGGUGUUGAAAACACUCCACUUGUUUUUCUAAUUGUCGAUACACAAAUUGUUGAGGAGGAAUUCCUAGAGGAUAUUAAUAAUAUUUUGAAUUCCGGUGAAGUGCCAAAUCUUUUUGAAGGUGAUGAAUAUGAAAAAAUUAUUUUGGAUUCCCGUGAAUCUUGUAACGAGUCAAAUAAAGCUCAAGGUUGUUCAAGAGAUGAUAUUUACAAGUUUUUCAUAAAUCGUGUAAGGAAUAAUCUUCAUGUUGUAAUUUCAAUGAGUCCAGUUGGUGAUGCAUUCAGAAGACGUUGUCGAAUGUUCCCUUCAUUGGUAAAUUGUACUACAAUUGAUUGGUUUUCAAGUUGGCCAGCUGAAGCACUUUACUCAGUUGCCAUUGGUGUGCUUCAAGAUGUUGCAGAAAAACAAGAAGACCGGGAGCGUCUAGCUAAGACUAGCGUUUUUAUGCAUAAGUCUGUGGAAGAAGCUUCUGUGCAGUUUUAUAAAGAAAUGAAACGUCACUACUACACAACACCAAGUAGCUAUUUGGAAUUGCUUAAGCUCUACAAGAGUAUCCUCAAAAGUCGCACUGACAUAAUUGUUGCUAAACGAAAACGCAUUUCAAAUGGAUUAAAUAAGAUUCUUGAGACAAAUAGAAUUAUUGCUGUAAUGCAAAAAGACCUCGAAGUAAUGGUUCCUCAAUUAGAUGAAGAAUCAACAAAAAUGAAAGAACUUCUAGCUAAGCUCGAAAUUGAUACGAAAAAUUCAGAUGCUGUCAAAGAAUCUGUUGCCAAAGAUGAAGCUGUAGCUAAAGAAAAAGCUGAACUUUGUCGAACUAUAGCCGAUGAUGCUAUGAAAGAUUUAGAAAUUGCAAUGCCAGCUUUGCAAGAAGCUGAAAAUGCCCUAAAGGGUUUGAGUAAAGCUGAUAUAAAUGAAAUAAAGGCAUUUACUACUCCACCUCAACUAGUACAAUUUGUAAUGGAAGCUGUUUGUAUUUUACUUGGAGCUAAACCAACAUGGGCUUCUGCAAAGUCUAUUAUGGCUGAUGUGAACUUUUUAAAACGUUUAAUGGACUAUGAUAAGGAACACAUCCCGGAAGCAACUCUUAAAAAAGUUAAAAAUUAUAUUGACCAUAAGGAUUUUGUACCUGCGAAAAUUGAAAAAGUAUCUAAAGUGGCUAAGGGUGUAAGUUUAUGGGUAAUUGCAAUUGAUAAAUUUGCAAAGGUCUACAAAGUUGUUGAGCCUAAAAUAAAACGUCAGAAGUCUGCUGAAGCUGAACUUAAUGAAGUAAUGAAAGUUUUGCGGACCAAACAGCAAGAACUCGCUGACGUAGAGGCAAAGAUUCAAACUCUCAGAGAUUCAAUCGAAGUGAAAAGUCGUGAGUUUAAAAUCAUUCAAGAUAGCGUCGAUCUAACUUAUGGAAGAAUCAAUAGAGCUGGUCGAUUAACCUCAGCUUUAGCUGAUGAAGAAAUUCGUUGGAAAGAAACUGUAGAAGUUCUCAGUAAUGAACUUUGGGCUGUUCCCGGCGAUGUACUUGUAUCAUCAGCUUGCGUUGCAUAUCUUGGGGCAUUUUCAGCAGAUUAUCGAAGAAAUUUAACUGAUAUUUGGGUUGCUGAGUGUCAUAAAUAUGAGAUUCCUAGCAGUGUUGAAUUCAGUCUUUUAGCAACACUUGGAGAUGCUUAUGAAAUGCGAUCUUGGACCAUGGCUGGGCUUCCAAGAGAUACAAUUUCAGUUGAGAAUGGACUCUAUGCUACGAGAGCAUUAAGAUGGCCACUUAUGAUUGAUCCACAAGAACAGGCUAACCGUUGGAUAAGAAAUCUCGAGAAAGGCAAUAAUUUGUAUGUGUUGAAAAUGACUGAUGGAAACUUUUUGAGAAUCUUAGAAAAUGCAAUACGUCAAGGAUUCCCUGUAUUACUGGAAGAUAUUGAUGAGACAGUUGAUCCAGCUUUGCGACCAAUUCUACAACGUGAAACAUUCAUUCAGGAGGGAAGAGUUUAUUUGAAAUUGGGUGAAGUUGUUAUCGAUUAUGAUGACAAUUUCAAGUUGUACAUGACAACAAAGUUAUCAAAUCCACAUUAUUUGCCAGAAAUUUGUAUCAAUGUAACCUUAGUCAAUUUUCUGGUCACUGAAGCUGGACUUGAAGAUCAGCUUUUGGCGGAUAUUGUAGCUAUUGAGCUGCCAGCACUUGAAAUUCAACGAAAUGAUCUAAUUGUAAAAAUAAAUACUGACAAACAGCAACUUUUAGCCUUGGAAGAUAAAGUUUUGAAACUUCUUUUCCAUUCAAAAGGUAAUAUUCUUGAUGAUGAAGAAUUGGUGGAAACACUUAACGACGCCAAGGAAACAUCUCUCAUCAUCGCUGCUCGACUAAUUGAUACUGAAGAAACAGAAAAAAUGAUAACAGCGACAAGAGAAAGAUACCGAAGCUUAGCAUCACGUGGGGCAAUUCUAUAUUUUGUAAUUGCUGGGUUGGCAGAAAUCGACCCAAUGUACCAAUACAGUUUGAAAUAUUUUUCAAUGGUUUUCUGCAAUGUUAUUCAAGCAGAACAUCCAACAAUGGAUACUGAGGAGCGUAUUGCUCAACUUAAGGAAGAAGAGUUAAAGGCUAUGUUUUUAAACGUAUCUCGGGGCUUAUUUGAAAAUCACAAAAUUAUUUUCAGCUUUAUUUUGUCACUCGCCAUUGAAAAACAGGAAGGACGAUUACAUUCAUCAGAGUUUAAUUUCCUUACCAGAGGUAUAAUUGGAACUUUCGAUAUGAAAUCAAAACCAGAUUCUGUUAUUAUGACAUCACAAGAGUGGUCGCUAUGUUGUUUUAUGGAUCAAUCUUUUCCGGAAUUCAAAGGACUUUGUGAAGAUGUGAAGAAUAAGAUCACAAUAAAUAUUGAUGAGUUUAAAGAGGUUUUUAACUUUGGAAAAUCCAAGAAUAAAAGUAUCAUUAAUUGGAAUGCACAACUAUCAAACUUUCAAAAACUCAUGUUAGUUAAGGCCUUCCGAAAAGAAAAAUUCACUUCUUGUGUAAGUGCGUAUGUGCGCUCAACAAUCGGGUCCUAUUUUGUAGACAUUUCUGGGGGAAGUCAACUUAAAAAUGUGUAUCUAGACACAUCGAAUAUCACUCCACUGGUUUUCGUCCUUUCAAGUGGUUCAGAUCCAAUGGCAGGAUUUUUGAAAUUUGCUGAAGAAAUGCAAUACACCGACAAAUUUUAUUCCAUAUCGUUAGGUCAAGGCCAAGGUCCAAUAGCUGAGAGUUUAAUUGAGCGCAGCCUCAAAACCGGCCAUUGGGUAUUCCUACAAAAUUGCCAUUUAGCAACAUCAUGGAUGCAACAAAUGGAAAACAUCGUUCGAAGUAUAACUUUGGGCUUGACAAAAGCCCAUUCAGAUUUUCGUCUAUUUCUCUCAUCUAUGCCAACGCGAUCUUUUCCAAUUAGUGUUCUUCAAAACUCUGUCAAACUUACAAAUGAACCACCCAAAGGUAUCAAAGCCAAUGUUCUGGGUGCACUCGCUGAUCUUCAGAGAGACUUUUUCGAACAUCACAUUCUGGGCGCCAGAUGGAGAGCUUUAGUUUUUGGAAUUUGUAUGUUUCACUCGGUGAUUUUGGAGAGAAGAAAAUUCGGUCCACUUGGUUGGAAUAUAAUGUACGAGUUUAAUGAAAGUGAUCGAGAAUGUGGCAUAAAAACGUUGGACGUAUUCAUUGAUCGAAAACAAAUGGCAGCUGAAGAUAUACCAUGGGAAGCAAUUGCUUACAUAAACGGUGAAAUCACUUGGGGUGGUAGAGUUACUGAUUAUUGGGAUCUGCGUUGUUUGAGGACUAUUUUGAAGACAUUUUCUUCUCCAAUUAUCAUUGAUGUCAAUUACACAUAUAGCAGCAAUCCCUUCUAUCGGAAUCCAAGAAGAAAAACUCUUGAAGAAUAUCGGGAAUAUGUACAAACUUUUCCAACUGAAGAAGAUCCCGAACUUUUUGGAAUGAAUAAAAAUGCCAAUAUUGUUUUUCAAACAAAAGAAACCGAUUUCUUUAUAUCGACACUAUUGCUGGGACAGCCAAAGGCCGCUGGCGACGAAGGCCAGUCUGCAGACAACGAAACAUGUCUGGAAGUUAUUCAAAAAAUAAAAGAUGUAUUGGUUACGCAAAUUUCUAGAGAAAAUAUGCAUCCAACGCUGUCGGUUUUGGACGAUAAGGGUCAAAUUCCUUCCCUUACCACUGUCCUAAUUCAAGAAUCUGACCGUUAUAACGUUUUUUUGAAGAUCGUUCACGAUAGCUUAAAUAAUUUAAACAAAGCUAUUAAAGGAUUGGUAGUUAUGUCGGAAGCACUUGAGGAGGUGUUUUGGUCGCUGUUGAAUAACUUUGUUCCAAAGAUGUGGACUGCUAAAAGUUUCCUUUCCAUCAAACCUCUGCCAAAUUAUAUAGCUGACUUUCAGCGAAGAAUUGAUUUUAUGCAAGAUUGGAUCGAAAAUGGCACGCCACGCUCGUAUUGGCUAAGUGGUUUAUAUUUCCCCCAAUCGUUUUUGACAGGAAUUCUUCAAACACAUGCCCGGAAAUAUCUUUUACCAAUUGAUGUUUUGAAAAUUGAUUUUUCGAUUACGGAUACUGUUCUGGUGCAGCAAGACUUCUUUGAAAAACAUCAGAAAGGAGAAGAGGACCAAGAUUUGUAUGCAAAUUUGAAGAUACCUGAUGUAGGAGUCAUUGCUCAUGGAAUUUUUAUUGAAGCCGCUCGAUGGGAGCAAACACAAGGAGGACUUUGUGAUGCCCGGGAAGGCGAAUUGUACUCUCGUUUACCGGCAGUUCAUUUCAUUCCUGUUAUCAAACUAGAUUCUGGUGAACGUUAUGAUGCCCCACUUUAUAAAACACAAGCUCGUUCAGGAGUUCUAUCUACAACUGGGCAUUCGACAAAUUUCAUUUUGUCAAUUUUAUUGGAGAGUAAGAAGCCACCAGAUUUUUGGAUUCUACGUGGCACAGCAUUGGUAUCAGCGGUAUCUGAAAAUGAUUCAUAAUUUCAUUUUUAUUUUUACUUGAUGUUAUUUAUAUUAUUAAAAAUUCAAUUUUUUUUUUGUAGAAAAAAAUUGAGAUAACAUUUUAAAA